AUGGACUCGUCACCCUGCCCUAUGGUAGUAGAGUCACUUCUCGACACCGAUUUGUGCAAAAUCACCAUGCAAUGUGCCGUCUUCAUGUACUACAAAAAUUUAGAGGUCACAUACGCUUUCAAGAAUAGAACUCCAGGGCAGAAACUUUCUAGAGCUGGGUUCCAAUGGCUUGAGGCGCAGAUCCAGACAUUAAGUAGUUUAGUGCUCUCAGAAGAUGAGCUUUUGUUCCUCCAAGAGAAUUGCCCAUACUUGAAUCAAUCGUACCUGAAUUUCUUCAAAGAUCUCCACCUCGACCCUCGCAACCAGAUUCGAGUGGCCUUCAAGCUAGAAGAAGGAAGUGGUAGUAUGCAUUUUGAUGAUUUAGGAGAGAUCACUCUUGAAGCUUAUGGACCUUGGUCAAUCACGAUUUUAUACGAAGUCCCUCUACUCGCCUUGAUUAAAGAAAAUGCAUAUGAAAAAGGCAUGCGUCUACUUGCGGCAGGGUGUGUCUUUGCAGAAUAUGGAAUGAGAAGGAGAAGAGAUGCUGUGACCCAGACCCUAGUUUUACGAGGAUUAAUUAGAGCAACCGAAGAAGGCAAAAGAAGAGGCUUGCUAGGUAGACUGUAUGGUACAAGUAACAUCUUACGCGCCAUGCAGUUUGGAAUCCCUCCAGUUGGCACUAUUUCACACGAGUGGAUUAUGGGCAUUGCAGCAAUAUCGGGAGACUACGAAAAUGCAACUAAGACUGCCUUGACAUGUUGGCUCCAUUGCUACGGCGAAGGUAUUCUUGGUAUUGCUCUUCCAGACACCUUUGGUCUUCCAACAUUCCUUAGAUCUUUCCAACGGUCUGUAACAGAACUGGAGCACCUUGACGUCGGAUUGAAAUUGAACAAUCUGCGAACUGAGAAUGAGAUCGAAGAGCAGAAAUCAUUCGCAAAUGUCUUUACAGGUGUCAGGCAUGAUUCUGGUUGCCCCGCUACCUUUCUGAAGAGUAUGCGAGAAUUUUACGACCGAGAGUGCAUCGCAGCCAACGAGAAGACAAUGGUAUUCUCAGACUCCUUGAACAUAGAUCAGUGCCUAGAGAACAAGAGAUUAGCGGAAGAAGCUGGUUUCUCUUUGUGCAUCUUUGGGGGCAAGAAAUCUCUACCUCUGAAUAUUGUCUUCAAACUGAGCUCCGUUAUGGGUAAUUCAGCUAUCAAGAUAAGUGACAGUGUUGGCAAGAAUACGGGCGAUAGCGCAACGAUUGACAUGGUGAAAAGGAAACUUGGAUAUGUCGAGAGGGACUGGAAAGGAACUGAUGAAUCCACUAGGUGGAACAAGUAG